AUGGGUGGUGAUGGUAGCUCUGGCUGGGGUGGUGACGGGAGCAACCAAGGAGGCCAGUACGGGGGCGGUGGUUACGGGGGUGGCCAAGGUGGCUCCUGGGGUGGUGGCAGCAAGGACAACAAUCAAUAUUCCUCCUGGGAAGCCGCGCCUACCACUGUCCAACCCCAGAGCUGCCCUCCUCAGAGUUGCCCAGCCCAGACUUGCCCGCCCGCCAUGACCAGUACAAAGACCGAGACGUCCACCGUGACGGCCGUCUCCCCUUGUAUGGGAAGCACCGUGACCGCCUACGUGACUCAAUGGAUGAAUGCUCCACCCGGGUGUUGGUGCGGUGCUGGCAGUCCACCUCCUGAGGCUACUGGAUGGGGAUGGGGGGCGAUGGGCGACGCUGCCGUGUUCACCUCCAGCAACCCGUCAUUUACGCCCGGCCUUUCGUCGAUCCCAGCCUCUGAAGCCGUCAAGACCGGUGUGACUGUCGCGGGUGGUCCACCAGCUGCGGCCCCGACAGCUGCUGUCUCUCCUGGCGGCUUCUUUGGAGGCUCAUCGAGCUCUGCAGUGACGACAUCUGCCAGAAGCUUCGAGCUCGACUGCCAGUACAAGCUCGUCGGCGGCGGCAGCACCUUUAUCGACGACCUCAGCCUCAACAACAACAACAACUUCAAAAACUUCCACCACAUCAAAAUCCUUGCCUUCAUCAUCCUCAUCAACGACAACCUUGUCUUCAAGUGA